ACAGCAUCACAUAAUUAUUUACAUUCAUUGAGAUUUAUAUGAAAUUUAAACUGCGCUCUCACAAAUUCAAAAUGGCGGCAAGUGCCGGAGGAAGACUGAUGACACUUGCUGCUGUUUUACAGCCUAAAAUAAUAUAUAGUUAUUAUAAUUUGUGUCCGUUGACACAAGUAAGACACUAUGCAGCUCGUAAAGGUACAAGGGAACGUGCAAGAAAAAAAAAAGUUAAGAAAGAAGUUGUUAAAGUCCCAUUUGUUCCUUUUCAUUUGCGAGUAAAAAAAGAGGAAGUGAUACCAUUCAAUGUUUUGUUUGAUGAUGACACGAAAAAAAAAGAAGCAGUAGAUGAUGUAUGGAUUGAAAGACUUUUCAGAAGGAAAGUUUAUUCUUUCAAUGAAGCUAUAGAGUGUCAUCGUGAUACUCAUCAGCCAGAACGCUAUGACGAUCCCAAUGCAUUUGUAAACGCGUUUAUUGAAAUUAACAUGCAGACUGAAAGACCCACCAAAUUGGUAGAAAAGUUUUCAAGAAAUGUUCAUAUGCCUCAUAUUUUUGAUCAUGGAGAAAAAAGACGUGUGAUUGCUUUUGCCAAGACAGCAGAACUUCAGCAAGUGGCUAAAAAAGCUGGAGCUGAAAUUGUUGGUGGCAAAGAAAUCAUUACACAAAUUCAGACUGGUGAUAUUUCAAUAAAUGAUUUUCAUGCUGCAGUAGCACAUCCAGAAAUAAUGGUUGAUUUAACAGUCAUCAGAGGUUUGAUGAAAAGAAAAUUUCCUAAUCCUCGUACUGGUACUUUGGGACUGGACUUAUCCCUCAUGAUAAAGAAAAUUCUUCAUGGUAUCAAAUAUGUUGCAAAACCUUAUGAGCGACAAACUCAGUACGGUACUGUCACUACACCAAUUGGACUUCUAAGUAUGGACAACAAACAGCUGGAGGAAAAUUUCAUAACUUUGAUCAAAGAUGUCGAGUCUGUGAGACCGAAUCGUCAGGGUCCUUUUAUUUUUAGAACAUCAUUAAGAUCCCCACCGACAACAGAAUCGUUUAAAAUAAACUUCGAACACUAUCUCCAGGACGUAGAGCCAACUGACGAGCUGUCCGACGACGAAGACGACCAAGUUAUUUCUAACACCGUUUAAUCGUCUCGAUUAAUUAAUUUUUUAGCUGUACAAUAAAUAUAAAAUAUUGUUUAAACAAU